UUAAUCUUGUAAACCCAAUUAUUUCACUCGAUUCGUGUCUGUUCUGUUUGUACCAGAUUAAAGCUUUAAAAGAAUAUUCCCAAAUGAACGCCCAAGAAGAAAUCGUGAUAUCGGGAAUAUCCGGUCGAUUUCCCGAAUGCCGCAACAUCGAUGAAUUCCAACGAGCUCUCUUAAGAGGCGACGAUCUAAUGAGUGAAGACGACCGACGAUUCCCAGCAGGAGCCAAAGGCCUGCCCAAGCGCCAAGGCAAAGUCCCCGACAUCGACAAAUUCGACGCCGCCUUCUUCGGCCUCCACUCCAAGCAGGCCCAUUUCACCGACCCCCGCCAGAGAAUCCUCCUAGAAACCGCCUACGAAUGCAUCAUAGACGCCGGCUACAACCCCGCAGAAUUAAAAGGAACCAAAACCGGAGUCAUCGUGGGAAUGUCGCUGUUCACCAACUUCACCGAAACCACCGCCGAAGACGAAUCCGGCUACUCCAUUUUAGGCAUCAGCCACGUCAGCGCCGCCAACAGGAUAUCCUCCUGCUUCGAUCUAACCGGCCCCAGCUACGCCCUGGACACCGGCUGCUCCAGCUCCCUCUACGCCUUCUCCCAAGCCUACGAUUAUUUAAAACGAGGCGAAAUACAGUUCGCCAUCGUGGGCGGCGCGCACGUGGGCCUCCACCCGGAGGAAAGCGCCUUGUACAACAAGCUGAGCAUGCUCUCGCCCGAAGGGAAGUGCAAGGUGUUCAAUAGGGAGAGGAACGGUUUCGCCAGAUCGGAGGCCGUCUGCUGCUACUUCCUGCAGAAGAGGAGCACCUGCAGGAGGGUCUACGCGACGGUGUUGGGUUGCAAAACGAACACCAACGGGUACGUGAAGGAGGGCUACACCGUGCCGUCGGCGAGGAUGCAGCUCAAGCUCAUGCAGGAGUUGUACGAGGAGGUCAACGUGCAGAGUAAUGAAGUGAAUUAUGUUGAAAUGCACGGAACUGGUAGCAGAAUAGGUGAUAUUAUCGAAUGCCAAUCGAUAGUGGAUAUGUUCUGCAAAGACAGGAAGAAACCUCUACUGAUUGGAAGCGUCAAAUCCAACAUGGGUCACGGCGAAACCGCCUCCGGCCUCGCGGCUAUGACUAAAGUAUUAAUUGCUAUGAAAACAGGAAUUUUACCGGCCAACAUCCACAUGGAUCCCAUUGACGAGAGCUUACCUGGCAUUGGUGAUAAAAAAUUACAAAUUGUAACGAGAAACUUGUUCUGGAAUCCCAGGAUAGCUGCGAUCAAUUCCUUCGGAUUCGGCGGAGCCAACGCUCACGUCCUCCUCAAGCCCUUCGCCGAGCUCAAAGGCAAGCCUAACAUCAGCAGGAAAUACCGGUUAGUUCAAGUUUCCGGGCGCACCGAGGAGGCGGUGGGUCAUUUCCUGCAGCAAAUCCAUCAGAACCGAAACGACGAGGACUUCCUGAGCCUGCUCGACGAAGUUCAUAAACUCAACAUCGACGGACACUUCUUCAGAGGGUACAGCGUAAUAGGACCGAACAGUACGCAAGAAAUCGCUUACUGCAAACCGGGGAAGAGGCCCAUUUGGUUCAUUUAUUCCGGAAUGGGCUCCCAUUGGCCCGGAAUGGGCAGGGAUUUGAUGAACAUCAGAGCGUUUAGGGAAACUUUCGAGCGUUGCGACGCAGCCGUUAAACCGUACGGAGUGGAUUUAAUGCAGACCAUCAUGAAUCCUCCUGAGAACGCUCUGGAGAACCUCGGAAAUUGCUUCACAGCUAUACUAGCCAUAAGCAUUUCUUUAACCGAUCUAUUGGCCUCCAUAGGUGUUAAACCCGAUUAUUUCGCCGGUCACUCUUUGGGGGAAGUAGGUUGUGCCUACGCAAACGGCGAUCUAACACCCGAGCAGGCGAUAUUACUGGCGUAUUCGAAAUACCACGCAGUGAAUCAACAGAAACUACCCCUCGGGCAAAUGGCUGCCGUUGGAUUUCCCAUAGAGGAACUGGAAAAGCGGCUUCCUCGGGACGUUUACAUCGCCUGUCGCAACGGAAAAACCAGCGCCACCAUCACAGGCCUGGAACAACCGGUGCGACACUUUGUAGAUGAACUGAAGAAGCAAGGCGUCCCGGCCAAGCUGAUUUACACCGAUAGAAUCGCUUUCCAUUCGAAAUAUUUAAUGGACUCCGACAGGCACAUGUUGGAUUUCGUUGGAAAAGUCAUUCCGGAGCCGCGUCGUCGAUCGGAAAAGUGGAUAAGCACGUCCCUGACGCCGGGUGAAGAGUACGGGGAUUGGGCGGACUACAAUUGCGCCAAAUACCACGCCAAUAAUUACAUGAACGUCGUGCAUUUCAGCGCCAUUUACGAGAAGAUCCAGCCGAACGCGAUCGUCGUGGAAAUAUCGCCUAACGGGAUACUGCAGUCGGUUAUUAAGAAGGAAUUGGGACCGGAAAAUACGGUAAUCAGCCUGCUGGAUAGGUCUGUUGGAAAUCAAGAGGAGUGUCUUUUAACGGCUCUUGGAAGAUUAUUCAACGCCGGCGGGCAACCAAACCUUCGAAAACUCUACGAUGAAAUAUCAUUUCCAGUGAAUCACGACGCCCAGUCCUUAUCGCACAUGGUGCAAUGGGAGCACAAAACCUCCUGGUUCGUACCGUACUGGAAAAACUCCGAUUCCUCCGGUAAAAUAAUCUCCAUAAACCUCUCGGAAGAAAAGCACAAGUACCUGAAGGGCCACGCUAUCAACGGCAAAAUCGUGAUGCCUGCUGCCGGAUUUUUGUGCAUGGUCUGGAAAUUAGCUUCCGAAACCCACUCGGACUCCACCUUACCAGUGGUUUUUGAACGUGUGGAGUUUAAAGAAUCGGUAACUCUAACGCAAGACGGGAACACCGAAUUCCUCGUGAGCAUCAUGAAAGAGUCCGGGCAUUUCCAAGUGGUACACGCCGGUGUGGCUGUUGUCCUAGGAACAAUCCGAUUCACUUCAGAUGCUAACAGCGAAUUCAAAUAUAAAUAUAUCGAAAACACCCGAUCGGAAUUAGUUGUAACUAGAGAGAACUUUUACAAGGAGGCCCAUUUGAGAAAAUACAACUACUUUAACGAGUUUCAAGGAAUAAUAAAGUGCGAUGUGGACGGAUUGAAUGGGGAAAUCGAAUGGUUCGAUAAUUACACCAGCUUUUUAGAUUCCAUGCUACAAUUAUCAUUACUAGAUAAUACUUCUAGAUGCUUUCUAAUCCCCUGUGAAAUCAAAAGAGUCGUUAUCGAUCCUGCUGCACACACGCAGGAAACUCGACAAAAAGCUAUUAGAGUAACCAGAGACCCGCAUUGCAACGUCGUGAAAACCAACGCUAUAGAAAUUUGUGGGGUAAAAUUCAAGAAAAUUCCUCUACAGGAAAAACCCCAACCGGACGUUCUACAAGAAACGUUCGAAUUUGUCGCUUUCGAUUCGCCCGAUAACGAUAAAUUCGAUUUACAAACUUCCCUUAGAAUCGCACUGCAAAUAAUUAUACAAAACACCCCCGGAUUAAUCAAGAAACUCUUGGUAGGAGAGUUCCUAGUAGAAGAAAAUUCGAAGAAAUUAACUACACAAGUGAAGGAAAUUCUUAAGGAUCAAGUGAUGACCGAAGUGAAUUACAUCCCAAUAAACGACGCACACGAAACAUUCCAAAUAAUACUAACAGACGUGAAUAAUUUGCAAAAAAUCGAUUCCAAGUUAUUAUCGACGCUAUUAAACGAAAACGGGUUUCUUCUCUGCACCGGAAACCCUAACGAAAUAUGCUUGGAAUACACAGAAACAAUAUUCAAAACGCCUAACGUAUCCUUAUUGCGCCCGAAACGAAAUUUCCCCGAGUCUUACAACACCGUUAACAUCAGAACAGCCGACUUCAAAUGGCUGGAAAAGCUGAAAAAUCACAUCGUAAACAACGAGCAAAAGACCAUCGUGUUAUUCAGCCAAAGCGACGAUUACAGUGGAAUAAUAGGCCUGCAGAAAUGCCUGAUGGCCGAAGAGGCUCGAGUCGAAUUCAACGCUGUUAUAAUAAACGAUAAAAAUGCCGAUAUAUUCUCAGUAGACGAUGGGUUUUAUAGAGAGCAAAUCGCUAAAGGUCUAGCUUUGAGCUUCCUGCAGGGCGGUCAAUGGGGCACGUUCGUUCACUUACCUUCUAUGGAACUUGCGCCUAGGCAGUGUAAAAACGCCUCGAUAGGUUUGAGAAUUCCAGACGAUUGGUCAACAUUGUGUUGGAUUGAAAAACCUACUCUCUUACAAGGAGAAUCGAAAGGGGAGAUUGUUAAUGUGCAUUUUUCCACCAUCAAUCCGAGAGACAAGCUGUUUUUGAUCGGUAAAGCUCCAGAAGAGUUCAACUUCGGCUUGGAAUAUUCGGGUGUAACUGAAACAAAUAGAAAAGUAAUGGGAAUUGUAGAUAAAGGAAGUUUCAGUUUACAACUUACAUCUCAUCCGGACUUCACUUGGGAUGUUCCCAAUAAAUGGACUCUAGAAGAAGCUGCCACAGUUCCAUUAGCUUAUACUAAGUGCAUCUAUGGAUUAAUUGUAAAAGGAUCCAUGAGGAAAGAUAGUACGAUUUUAAUUCACGAUGCUACUUCAGAUAUCGGAUUGGCUGCCAUAGCAAUAGCUCUAAGUUUGACCCGAUCCGUUUUUGCUACUGUUGGUAAUUCGGAAAAACAAGAAAUUUUGAAGGGAAUGUAUCCCGAAUUAGUCACUGCACAUAUAGGAAUAGCGAGUGAUUUUUCCUACGAACAGGUAAUAAAAACUCAGACGAAAGGCAAAGGGGUGGAUAUCGUUGUAAACAAUUUAGGAGAAGAGCAUUUGGAAGUUUCCUUGAAUUGUUUGUCGCAGAAAGGAAUAUUUCUAGAUUUUCACGGUGAAAAUCGAUCUCUCGAAACCCGCUUAGAUUUAAACACGUUCUUCAAUAAUUAUCAAUUCUAUAAAAUAACUUUGGAAGACAUUUUCGAAGAACCCUCCGAGAUUAAACAACGAAUUCAUCAUCUAAUUAAAGAAGGUAUAGAAUUCGGUAAAGUGAAACCCAUACAUUCCACAAAUUUCGAUUCUACGCAAAUCGAGGCUGCCGUUAAUUACCUAUCAUCAGAAAAACACAUCGGUAAAAUCGCAAUAAAAAUACAAUCAGAAAAUUUACAUCAACCUAUACUCGCCUACCCUCGUUUAUACUUUAACCCUGACAAAACGUACAUUGUAAUCGGAGGCCUGGGAGGCAUUGGUUUAGAAUUAACCAACUGGUUAAUCGCCAAAGGAGCUACGAAAAUCAUCCUUAACGCCCGAAGGAACAUUUCGAACGGCUACCAAAUGCUAAGCUUACGGAAAAGGCUGCAACUUCGACAAAUCGAUUUGACAAUCAAUUUAAGCGAUACCACAACGCUGGAAGGAGCAGAGGAAUUGGUACAAUCAGCCGAAAAUAUCGCGCCCGUCGGAGGGAUAUUCAACGCAGCGAUGGUGCUAAAAGACGCCAAUUUCGUCGAUCAAACCGAAGCCAGUUUCGUGGAGGCCUUCAAGCCGAAGAUAAUCUCCGGCGGAAACUUGGACGCGGUUAGUAGAAAGCAUUGCCCCCACUUGGACCACUUCGUGGUGUUCUCGACGGUGUGGGCUGGCAGAGGCCACAUUGGUCAAACGAACUACACCAUGGCGAACUCUGCGUUGGAGAGCCUCUGCAGAAGGAGAAGGGCCGAUAAUCUGCCCGCUUUGGCUGUACAAUGGGGCCCCAUCGGAGAAGUUGGGUUUCUAUCUUCUACACGUGCCGAACAGAAGGAUUUGUUCAAUAUGGUGCCGCAGCAGAUAAGUUCCUGUUUGGGUACACUAGAAAAAUUCCUGCUACAGGAGGUAGCGGUAGGCUCGAGCGUAGCUCUAAGAAAGAAGAAAGAAACCGUUGCUGCGAAACCGCAUUUACCCGUUAAAACGGCUGCUAAAUGUGUCGCCGAGGUUUUGGGAAUAGAAGAUAUCAACAGCGUGAGUCAGCUAGCGAAGCUCUCCCAACUGGGCCUCGAUUCGUUAUUGGCGGCCGAAGUGAAGCACGCUUUAUACAGGCAAUUUCAAUUGGACAUUAAUUUAGAAGAUAUCAGAGAUUUAACGUUCGAAAAGUUAGCCGACAUGCAAAAGAAUCAUAAAAUCAAGCAUAAAAUCGUGGAAAACUUCCCUCCUCCGCUUUUAUCCGAAGUACCUUUGGUGAAAUUAAACGACGCAGGAAUCGAUAAUAAAAUCAUCCUGUUCAUGAUACAUCCCAUUGAAGGGUACCUACAUUAUCUUGUUCCUUUGGCUAAGACAUUGUCCACCACCGUGUACGGCCUGCAAUGCACUAAAGAGAGUGGACGUGAAACCAUCCCAGACACUGCAGAGUACUUUUUGGAGUUGAUGAGGACCGUUCAACCGACUGGGCCUUAUUUUAUGUGCGGAUAUUCCUACGGAUGUACCCUAGGUUUCGAAAUCGCAUUGCAAUUGGAAAGGGAAAAGGAGCGCGUCGAGCUCGUGCUCAUAGACGGGGCGCCGGAUUAUGCUCGGCGAGUUUUUCGAAACGAAGAAGAAAUGAAGCAGAAAAUUGUCAGGUUAUUCCCAGCGCUGUUUAAACAGGUCGAUCUCGAUAAGAUAAAAUCCAUCAUGAAUCGACAUAGGAAGCCUGAAGACAGCAUGGCGUCGAUUUUUGAAUCGAUUUCUGGAGAAACCGGACUCGAUUUUGAUGUUAUCAAAAACGCCGGGGAGCACUAUUUCAACAGGUGCAAGGCAUCGUUUCGUUACCAACCGAGCGCGAAAUUUACAGGAAAUAUAAAACUUAUUAGAAGAUUGGACAAUCCUGAAGCUGAAAAUGAUGACUACGGGUUACAGAAGAUGUGCUGCAAAUCUGUUGAAGUUACAAAAUUGAAUGGCGAUCACAUUACUAUUCUAUUUGGAGAAAAUUUGGAAAAAAUAACGAGAAUUAUAAAUGAUUGGAUAAAUUCGCAAAUUAUAUAAUUGGCUCACUCUGGACGCUAUAACAAAGUUUUAGAGAAAAUUCACAACGAGCAACUUUUAAUGCAGGCCUAUUCAUUUAUUAUCUUAUAUACAAGCAUCUAAUACCGGUGAAUAAAUAAUUUACGAAAAUAGAGGUAAAUAUGUACACACAACUUUACUUAAUAAAUCAGUUUUUAAUAACAUUUGAUUGUUACUUAAAAAACAACUCCAAGUAUGUUUCACUGAAACUAACAUUUUAAAAUCAUUGAUUGCAUAUUAAGGAGAUGAGGCGUAAUUAGGCCAGCCUUUUAUUUGAAGAUAUAAGUAUGCUCCUGGACUAACAGUCUGACUAACUUGCUUCGCUCCUAGAAGUUUAUAAUCGUCUCUUAAUUCACCGGCAUCCAGGGCACAUUCUAUGAAUUUUAAUCCUGCUGCCGUCUGGGCGCUGGGCGGGUACUUUU